GAAGUCGCGCCGGCGGCCAUGAGUCCCGGCGGCUUGGCCGCGCGCCGCCUGUGUGCGCUGCUGUGGCACAGAGUGCUCUGCCCUCGAGCUGGCCCCGCGGUGCCUUCGGUUCCCAGGCUUCCGCGGCAGACAGAGCGAUGGCUUCCGGCGGGGCCCGCGACCUGCCUGACCCCGAGCCCGACGCGCGGCCUGCACCGUGGACCUCAGCCGGAGGAGCGGGCCGAUGGCGACGCUCGCCCGCAGCCGGCAGCCGCAGGUCACACUGGUGCCAAGUUUGACAUCGAUAUGCUGGUUUCACUUCUGAGGCAAGAAAAUGCAAGAGACAUUUGUGUGAUCAAGGUGCCUCCGGAAAUGAGAUACACAGACUACUUUAUAAUUGGUAGCGGGACGUCCACCCGACACUUACACGCUAUGGCCUACUACAUUGUGAAGAUGUAUAAACACCUGAAAUGUAAAAGUGACCCGUACGUCAAGAUUGAAGGGAAGGACACCGAUGACUGGCUGUGUGUGGAUUUUGGCAGUAUGGUGAUCCAUUUGAUGCUUCCAGAAACCAGAGAAACCUACGAAUUAGAGAAAUUAUGGACUCUCCGUUCUUUUGAUGACCAGUUAGCUAACAUAGCAGCUGAGACAUUACCUGAGGACUUCAUUCUUGGACUGGAAGACACUUCAUCCCUGACUCCAGUGGAGUUCAAAAGUGAAUAAAACGAAGUUAAUGCCUUUCAUUCCUUAGAUGCAGCUGAGCCAUCUGUAAAUGCAGGUCAUGGCCCCAUCCACUCGACCACUACAAAUCUUGUAUACCGCUUGGACACUCAUGGUGGUGACUGUGCAGAGACUAGAUAAAUUAGCUCACAGACAAAGAACCAGUCAGUUCACUCCUGGUUUCUCAGUAUCUUGUCUUUACUCUUAGGAUCCUAGCAGAAUUGCUUGAGAUAGCACUGAUACCCAGGAGUAACUCAAGUUCUCUGUUCAGAUUAUUAAUUUUGUCUAAAUGUAAAUCUUAUUUACUAUGGAAUGGCCAAACCUUGAAAAAAAAAUAAAUAAAUAAACCCUU